GUCGCGGUUACCCGGAUGUGAAAGGCAGGGCUCGAGGGCGACGAGCCGGCCCAGGUGGAGGGCGCCGUGACCUCUGGCCCGGAAAGUCAGUGAAGAUGGGUCGUGAAUUUGGAAACUUAAUAAAAGUGAGGCAUAUCAUUUCCUAUAGCCUGUCGCCAUUUGAGCAGAGGGCAUUCCCCAACUACUUCAUCAAAGGCAUUCCGAAUGUCUUACGGCGAACGCGAGAGUGCAUCCUGAAGGUAGCCCCUCCAUUUGUAGCCUUUUAUAUGCUGUACACCUGGGGCAAUGAAGAAUUUGAAAAGUCCAAGAGGAAGGACCCCGCCAAGUUUGAAAAUGACAAGUGAUCAGCCCGGCAAAGUACCGGAAAAUGCUGCCGGAGGAGGAGGAGGACGCUGGCGCUGUCAGUGAUCUCCAGCCACUUGACUUCUGUUAGUCGGAGAAGAGUCGGUGUUAUGCUAGCUCUAAGAUUCAAUAAACUUCACAGUUCAUGAACGA